AUCGUUCGGCUAUUAUACUCGGUGAAAGCAAGUUGAGACAUUCAUCUGGUAACUUUUACAUUAAUGACAAAUCUACCGGUGCUAUCGUCGGUCAGCAACCAUUUGGUGGUUCACGUGCAUCUGGCACUAAUGACAAAGCCGGAAGUCCUGCCUUG